AUGGCCCGCAUCCGCAUGCUCGCCGUCGCCAUGGCUACCACCAUUGUCGCUCUUGCUGUUGCUAUGGCCGUCGCCGUCGCCGUCGCCGUCGCCGUCGUCGUCUUCUCUGCCGCCACCACCGCCGCCGCCGCCCCGCCACGGAGUCGUCUUACGCCCGCCGCCUUGGGCCGUUUUGCGCUGCAGGCAGGCCCGGGGCGCAGCGCCCUCGCAGGCUUGCUGGGACCAGGAGGACAUGUCGGCCAAGGGCGCGCCAGGAACGUCACUGACACAAGCAAGCAUCAGGCUGUCAUUUCGCAGCGGCCCACGUUUCGCGCCCCCCUUUGCACGUCUCCCCGGUGGCGGCAGGUUCCUGAUUUGUGCCAUGUUCCUGGCCGGGCGCUCAUGCAGCCUUACUCGAUUGGCCGCAAGCAGCCUAGCGCGGGCGGCCGCCAUUGGCCGGGGCCGUCGUGUGCUUCCGUCAACGUGGUUUGCAUGUCGAGGCGUGCCUCUAGCCUUCCCGCGGCACACCGGAAGCCCGUCCGUCUCUGUCGCCGUCUCUGCCAUGCCCAGCGCGGCUUCGAGUCAAGCGGUGGGUGUGGUCGCGGUCGCGGUCGCGGUAGCGGUAGCGUGCGAGAAGGACCGUCGUUGAUGCGUUGCUGCUGGCGCUGGUUUGCUGGUGCUGGUGCUGAUGUGCGCGCGCCCUCCCAGCACCGUGGUUUGCCAAUACAGCCAAAUGUCUCUCGCGCACACCACCCUCGCCCUGCCUAUACACACUCUCGCUCCCCAUGA